AUGUCAGACUCCAAGAAUAAUCAACUUGAGAAUAAUACAGCUUUGCUUGAUACAAUCAAAAUAUGUUUGAAUAAUAUUGUAUCAUAUGGUUACUAUAUUAAGAAAUCGAACCAAGAAGAAGACUUUAAUCUAGCCUCAUUUGAUUGCCUAAUACAAGCUUAUGGAAAGAUAAAAUGUAGAGCUCUUCUUGAACCAGUCUUACAUUGUGCCAAAUCAAGAUUUGCCGAAGAUGCUCUUUCUGGUAUAUGUGGUCUUCCAUUGAAUAACACAGAACAUUUUCUACUUGUCACAUGUCCUGAUUAUGUACUCAAUUGCGAUGAAGAAAAUGGAAAGUAUGCUCACUCCAUAUUUGAUCAAAUGCAUACGCAAUAUGCUAAAGUCUUUGGUUGUCCAUAUGGAGAUAUCAGCGAUUUGAUAGAUAAUUAUUCGCCUUGUUUGGUUUCUCCCUUGCGACUGAUGGCUUUUGCUAUUCGUUCACUUGAAUUCAAUGAAAAACAAUCUUUCAAAGAUAUUGCCAUGAAAAUUCUUGAAUGUGGUUGGAUCAAUUUGAAGUCAAAUUCCAAUGAAAGUAAUUUCAUUUGGAAAAAACUUGUUGAUUCAAGUCUUAAGAUUCUACUGGAAAUUGGUCGUUCAGCUCCACAGUUAUUUAAUGGUAUACAUGAAAAUAAAGAAUCCUUUACAAAACUUCUUGACAGUCUACUAAAGCUGAGCAACGAUCAAGAAGAUGAAAAUGAUCAACUUCAACUAUUUGAACUUAUUGCAUUGAUUGUAUCGGAAGAACAAUUUUCGAGAAUAGUUGAUAUAAAUAAGGUUGUUGGUCUCUUCAUGAAGAAGUUUAUUGAAGCAGUUGAAAAUGAAAGUAUUGACAAUAAUGAAUACAAUGCAUCAGCAGAAGAAUUGCUCUAUGGAUUGAAAUGUUAG